AUGUACAAUGUGUUCUGCAACACUUUAGCGCUCGCUGGCAGUGCAGUCUUUUGUACAGUACACACCAAACCUGGCCUUAUGGAAUAACAUUGACAGUAAUGUGCAAUAAUAGUAGCCUAACGUGUAAAGUGUCCGUUAAGUUCCCCCACUGGUCUUUAAACUUCCAUAAAGGUUGGGACCAUAGACCAGUUCACAAAACCCAAAGUCAGAAGCACCUGCAAGGACAGCGGACAAAUCAAGGCCCCAAUUUGACUUUUGUCCUGAGACCUGUGACAGUCCUGUGAAAACUCCCUCAGAGAACGAUCCUCAUUUUUGGUUCAGAGCAAGACCCCCAAUGGCGCUCCUAUCUGUCCUCUUCUUCUCUAGUUCAGGGGGUUAUUUUUAGCUCAGAAACAACUGGCUUCCUAAAAAUGGUUGUGAAAUGGCAGGGGAGGGGGGCAGCACUAUGUAAGGUAUCCCACCAUAGCUCCCACAUCCCGAUCCCAGUCCACCCCUUUGUCUCCUCUUUGUCUCGGGGAGAGAGGGACGGAAGGAGAGAGAGAAGAGAGAGACAGAUAGGCAGAAAACAGACUCCUUUGCUUUUCUGCAGGAGACAGGAUAACUGGAAAAUACCGGAGAGGAAAAGGCUGGGAAGAAUCAUUCAUGGUUGAAGGUGCUGCUGUUUAUUUUUAAACCCUUUUUUCCACCCCUCGGUGUCCAUUUUCCUGCUGACAGGUCAUCAGCACCCCUCCUGCAGGCUCCCUGUCCUCAAAGGCCCAGUCCAGCGUUACCUCUCCAGCCCCUGGCAUCUCCCUCUCUCUUCCCAGGCCGCUGGUUCUGAAGGAGAACAUGAAGGCCCUGUGGCUGUCUGCCCUGCUCUGCCUGUAUCUGGCCUCCCUCUGUGUGGCCGAGGAGGGCCUGCAGUUCCCCACCUUUGAUGGGAAGGACCGGGUUAUCAACAUCAAUGACAAGAACUACAGGAAGGCCCUGAAGAAGUAUGACAUGCUCUGUCUGCUUUACCACGAGCCCCUGGGCAACAGCAAGGAGCUGCAGAAGCAGUACCAGAUGAUUGAGCUGGUGCUGGAGCUGGCUGCCCAAGUGCUGGAGGAUAAGGACAUUGGGUUUGGGAUGGUCGACUCACACAAAGACUCCAAAGUCGCUAAGAAAUUGGGUUUGAAUGAGGAAGGCAGUGUGUACGUCUUUAAAAAUGACCGGGUGAUUGAGUUCGAUGGACAGCUCUCUGCAGACACCCUUGUGGAGUUCCUCUUGGAUCUGCUGGAUGACCCCGUGGAGCUCAUCAGUAAUGCCCUGGAGCUGCGUGCGUUUGAUCGCAUGGACGAGGACAUCAGGCUCAUUGGAUACUUUAAAAACGAGGACUCAGAGCACUUCAGUGCCUUUCAGGAAGCUGCUGAACACUUCCAGCCUUUCAUCAAGUUUUUUGCCACCUUUGAUAAAACAGUGGCCAAGCAGCUGACGCUGAAGAUGAACGAGGUCGACUUCUACGAGCCCUUCAUGGAUGAGCCCGUGACUCUUCCUGGCAAGCCCCACUCUGAGAAGGAGAUCGUCGACUUUGUUAACAAGCACAAACGGCCAACACUAAGAAAGCUGCGUGCUGAAGACAUGUUUGAGACCUGGGAAGAUGACAUGGACGGAAUCCACAUUGUUGCUUUUGCUGAGGAAGAAGAUCCUGAUGGUUUUGAGUUCCUGGAGAUCCUGAAAGAAGUGGCUCGAGACAACACCCACAACACGGAGUUGAGCAUCGUGUGGAUCGACCCGGAUGACUUUCCCCUGCUGAUCACGUACUGGGAGAAGACCUUCAAGGUGGACCUGUUCAAGCCUCAAAUCGGUGUGGUGAAUGUGACCGAUGCGGACAGCAUCUGGUUGGAUAUGGCAGACGAUGAAGACCUGCCCUCUGCAGAAGAGCUGGAGGACUGGAUUGAGGAUGUGUUGUCUGGGAAGGUCAACACUGAAGAUGAUGAUGAUGACGAUGACGACGAUGAUGAUGACGAUGAUGACGAUGAUGAUGAUGAUGAUGACGAUGAUGAUGAUGAUGAUGAUGAUGAUGAUGACGACGAUGACGAUGACGAUGAUGAUGAUGACGAUGACGAUGAUGAUGACGAUGAUGAUGAUGACGACGACGACGAUGAUUAAUUUAUGAACUAUGAAUUCUGGGAGCCAAUCUUAAUGACCUCACCAGAGUACCUCAUGCUGGAUUUUGUUCAGGGAAGAAGCAAGGUAAACCCAGAGGAGAAAGCUAUCCUGAAUGCUUUUAUAGAGUUUUGUACAUUUUGUACGUAAAUAUAUCGUCUGCAACUUCAAUUUUUUCCAAAUGACAAAAUAACAUAAAUGGACAUUUAAAGCUCUGAAUUACUUCAAGAGUUGAUAGUACAACCGAGAGGUAUCUCACUGCUCUUAAAUGAGAGACUUCCAGCUCAUGAAUUUGAUGAUGUACACACUGAGCUGGUCUGGUGGUCUUUACUGUCAGUGCCAGCAGGGUCCUGAAUGAACGCACUGCCAAGCUGCCCCUUCAGACCAUAAUGCCUUUUCUAACUCAGCUCUCAUUAAUAAGACCCUUUCCUCCUGUUUUAGGCCUCCUAAUUAUGUGCUCCUUUACUGGAAUUCAAUCCUCAUUAAUGUGUUAUUUUACUGUUAUUUGACUUUCAUUAACUCCCUGCUAACUGGGACCAUUUGGAUCCAUGUUAACAAAAAUACCAAAAAACCUUUUGAAAAGUGAAUUGUUGUAACACUGGAUAAUUUGGAGUUCCUGUUCUUUAAUAUAAGGACUGCCUUAUGUUGUAAUCAACCUGUGGAAAAAGGAAAACUGCCAGAAUAUCUAUGGGAACUGUUAUUUAAAUAAGAUGAUAUAACACUAUUCUUCUGUAACCCCUGGGCAACCAUGCUGCAGCAGAUAAAUAAUAAUCAAUAUCCUAUGAAGUGAGAAAUGGCUAAUAAGAUAAUUACAAUGUGUAAAUAUAUAGUAGUUACUGUAAGUUUUUUUGGUCAAGAAAUAGUUUGAUGUUACAUCAAAAUGUCAGAUAUUAUAAAUUUAAAAAUCUAAAAACAAAGCCAACAAUAUUUCCCCAGUUGAGAGGAGAGAGGAGGUGAGGUGAGUGUAACUGCUUUCCAUUUGAAUAAAGCUCCAGGUUGAUAUGUG